AUUGUGUUGAAAAUGAUGCUAAGCAGCCCGAAUCUGUGAAUGAGCAGCUAGUGUCAGAAUCUGUGCAUUAUCCCGGGCCUGCCAGAAGUUCAGCUGAUAGUUGUGUAACUCCUGUUCAUUCUGAAAGUGAUAAACACAGCUCUCCAGAAAAUUAUGAGCUGCAAAGUAAAUCUAUUCACGAUUGUUUAGAUAGUUCAAAUUUAUCUGGUGCGAAACAUAUAGUAAAUACUGUUUUGAAUAAUGUGCAUAAUGAAAGCAAGGAAUGUAAGCAGCCUUCAAACGAAAUUAAGAUCAAAAGACCUAGAGGCAGGCCUAGAAAAUACCCAAAAGAAAGUUCCAAACAGAACGCUUCUGUUGAAAGUUCUAGCUUUUCUGAGAAUGUGGAGAAUAAUCAGAAUUCAGAUUUCUCUUUACAGGUGCAAUCAAAUGGUAAUUCAGCCAUGUUUGAAGAAAUGAAUUUGUCUCCCUUGAUAAAUAACACCGUGUCAGCAGACAAAAAUACUAGUCCUGUUAUCCGUAAGAGUGAAAGGGUGAAAAAAAGAAAACAUGAAGAUUAUGUUACACUUGAAUCAAAGAAAAGAGAAAAAGAUCCUCAAAGAUUGGAAAAAAAUGCUGUACAGAUGAUUGCUAAGAAAACUGGAAAAAGGGGAAGACCUAGAAAGUAUCCUGUGGAUGUUCAAACAAAUUGUCUAGCUGUAUGCGAAAAAAAUCAAGUAAACAGUACAAAUUCUGAUACAUCUAUAUAUGUCAAGGAUAAGCAUUAUAACAAUGUGAUUCGUAAAUGCUCUCGAAAAGGAAGACCUCGUAAAUGUCUUCGUUAUGCAGAUAUCAAUUCAGGAGUAGAUAAUGAAAGCCUUGAUGGUAUAACUGACACUCAUAUAAAUAGCGAGGAUGGUAAAGGUGAAAUUGAUUGUGAGGGUAAAAUCUCUCACAGUAAGCAGAUUUUGGUUUCAGAAAAAAACACAGAAGCUUCCAAGAACAUAGAAUCUUGCUCUGAAUGUAGUAAUUGUAAUAAUGAGGAAGCAGAAAAGUUGAUUUUACCUCUCAAAAAAAGGAAACAGAUGGCAGGCUAUAAAGUUUCUAAAGAACUCUGCACUUUGCAUACAAAACCUUGCAAAUGUGAAGUUGAAAAGCUGGAACCUCCUAAGAAAAAGUCAGAAAAACUUUCAAAGAAUUCCACUAGUGAUGCAUCCAAAGAGAAUGGUUCUGAAAAUGAUACUAUUUCUGGCAAUACUCAAGGAAGCAAAUUGUUGGAACAGCAAAGGAAUCUUCGAUCUCAUACGGCAACUAGGGCUCAGAAAAAUACAGUUGCUUCAACAGCUGGGAAAAGAAGGAAAUCUGUGGAUCUUAAUGGAAAUGAGACUGAUUUUGUACAUUUGAAAAAGUCAAAGCAGUCUAAAUCUUUUGAAGAAGAUUCAACAGCUGUUGAGGAAGUAGAAGAAAGUCCAGGAAAAGUAUCAUAUGAGAAAGCAUGUUACAAUAGUAACUAUUUAGCACUGAAGCAAAAUUAUGCAGAAUUUGUAACACCUAGCAUCUUGCAGGAUUACAAACAAAUGAAGUCAUCCAGUUUUGUGUCCAAGCUCAAUAAUGUAUAUACUGUAGAGCCUAUUUCAAAGAGUUGUGGGAGAAAUUCCUUUGCUGGUAUUUUCUUUCCUUCAUAUAAACCAAAGAAAUCAACUUGGCACUGUCUUCUUGGCAAAGAAUUUGAAGAAUCUCUGCCACCUCUAAAAAAUUCAUUGUUGCUGAAAAUUGAAAAAACUUGGUUGAAAGAAGAAACUGAUUGGUUUCAACUGAAUUGUUUUGAUAGUACUCCAUUAGAUGUGACAUCAAAUCAUCUUACAUUUUUUGCUGGUGGUCCAAUAUGGAGUGCUGCUUGGUGUCCCACACCUAAUAUCCAAACUACGCAGUAUAUUGCUCUUGCUACAGGUAGCUCUAUAAACAAUUAUUAUUCUUAUACUGAUACUCCUGAAGAGAAAGGUCUUCUUCAGUUGUGGAAUGUUGGUCAUCUUGGAAGUGCGUUAGAAACUAAACCAUUAAUGCAGUUAGGUAUAGCUCAUGAACAUGGAAUUGUCUGGGAUAUGGUAUGGUGUCCUAGUGGUUGUUGGGAGGAUCCUAAUUCAGAAUGCUCAUCAGAUGAUAUGCCAUGCCUUGGACUGUUGGCAGUAGCUUGUUCAAAUUCAAACAUCUACAUAUACAGUAUUCCCCAACCAGAAUCUUUACCAUCAUUUACUGAAACUGCACCACUUUACAGCACAUCACCAUCUGCUGUUUUGCAUCCACUGUUUGGAGAUCCUUGUUUUGGUACAAGAAAAUCAAUGUGUGUUUCAUUGUGUUGGCAAAAAAAUGAUGCCUGCGAGCGCAUAGCUGGUGGAUAUGGUAAUGGAAUGAUAUGUGUCUGGCUUGUGAACUCAUCUGCAACUAUAAUAAUGAAAAAUGAGCUUCAGAAAGCAAUUGCGCCAUAUCUAGUAUUUCAAGCUCAUGGAACUCCAGUUUUAAGUUUAGCAUUUGCUGCAUUGCCUGGAAAUCGGUGGCUUGUCAGUUCAAGUUUUGAUAAAACAUUGAAGUUCUGGGAUCUCAUUGAUACAAGUAUGCCAUUUUGUUCAUUGCGAAAAGGCAUAGCACGAUGUGCACAAUGGUCUCCUCAGUGUUGUGGUGUUUAUGCUUGCCUUGAUGAUGGACUAAGUUUCAAGGGUUCAUCGCUAUUCAAAGAGUGCGGUAUCGAGCAAAUUCCUGUACGUUCUGUGUCUGCUAACUGUAAUCCUGCAAAGGUGAGACUGACU